AUAGCAUCGCCGCGGGACAGGAGCUUCCUUCGAUGCUCAAUCGACUUAUUAGAUCUUAUGUCGCUUCCAUCUGUUUCAAUGGUGGCCGGACGUUGGGGGGGAAGGGGGGAAGGGAGGAGAGACAGAGUUGUUGGGCUGCGUUCAAGGAUCCAAAUGGGGUGAGUAAGUACUCGAUACUGGUUCGAGAAGUUGGAUCGUCAAAUCGAGACAGCCGCGAGUGGGCGUCGGAUUUGGAAACUGUGAAGGUUCACAUCUCGUAAGAGUACUCAAUAAUAGCAUUGCGAGAGAGAGUUCUCAUUCAGGGGGGGAUGCUUGUGGCGGCUACGCCUGUUUUGCUCGUUCCUUUCCAAAGAUUUGAACAUCCUUUACGGAGACUUCUUUCAAGCAAGCUGAUGCGGAUUCUGUCCGCCUUUCCCUCUUUGCGUAAACAGAUAGCUACCACACGUUUCUCGCACCCGUCUCGAAUAAGGAUUCCGGGGAAUGUAGUUGCGUUUUCUGAUGUACGAACAAUUGCCCACCGUACAACCCAACACCAUCGUGACUUCCAAAUGUAUUUCCUCUCCAUCUUGCCCUUUGGGCCAAUUUGCCAACAGACUUCCUUCCUCGCAGUCCGUCUACUCUGCCUCUCACGUCUCUCUCUUCACAUAAUUUGUUCCACACAUGCAGCUAUGAUUCGAUUGCCUCCUACAACAAUUGUCUUGAGCCGUAGCGACCUCAGAGAAUUUGAACGCCGUCGACAGCGUCGUCGGGAGGUGGAAAUCUUGAACGAAGAGUUCUCGCGCUUUGCAGUGGGCGGACCAAAGGGUCCCGAGUUUGCCCCUUUGCAAUCCCAGCGCACUCAAGGAAUUGCGGUUGAGGUGGGACCACGGAAGCUGCAGACUCGAGAUGAACAAGUUACAGAUGACCAAGACCGACCUUUGGCUCUUCAGACAAGUAUACCACACGGGCCUGUUCGGAUCGCCCCGACUCUAGAGCACGACGAAUAUGAGGCACCACGUUCCCCCAAAUCAUCCAAUACUACGGUAGACGAAUGUCCAACCGGUACAGACUUAGAAGACGGACAUGACUAUGUCACCAUUGGCUCCGAGAAUCCGGCUCGUGAUUUGCAGUGGUCUCCUGCGCCAUCAAAGGACGAUUUCUACUACGGUGGCUUUGUCGAGAGUCCAACUGACCGGCCUUCGAAAAAUACACGAGACAGGUCCUCAUCCUUCGGUAUGUUGCGCUUCUCCGAGAAUAACUCCCCUCUAAUUUACUGUGCAGCACCUGCUGAUAUCCCCACUCCACAAAAUAUUCGACUUCCAGACACAAACAGACUUCGCAACACAAUACCGCUUCCGCGUUCCCCGUUAUUCCUAUCCCAAAAUGCUUCAAGCUCACCAGAGCACCGUCCAACCACUGGACUUACUCCUCGUGUCGAAUCUAGCGUGGCUGUUCACAACACUCCCGGGAUCAUGUUUGCCCAACCGGCCCGACGAAUGCGGCGACCACCACCGCGAACAUUUAGACAUCAAACAAAUAGCUUCUCAUUCGAUUCGUCAGAACGAGCCAGUGCUGCUUAUGAGCAGGAACGUGUCGCAUCCACAUCCACAACUGGCAGUACCCCUCGGCCGUCUGGCGAUCUAAGCCUUCAUGAAGAACUUCGUGGAAGCUCGUUACAGAGUUCGAGAGUCACUUCUAGAACGUCUCACGCUCUUCCUGAGCCUUGGGUAGAGGAACUUUCAACAAUACGAAUUAGAGACGAAAGUGCAGAGGCGGCAUCUAACCUGAAGGACUUCCUCUUCUCCUCUCCACAGCUAUCACUCCCGCCGCCUUUCUCAGCAGUUUCUCGUAGCGUCUCGGGAGUUGAUAUUCUACCUGGUGUCGAAUACACCCCUCAGAAUCCCGAGACUAGCCCUAUUAGAAGCAGCUCAAAUACACCUGUCAGGAGCGGGGUCGAAGGCAGACACCCAACCCCAAAUUCAAGCCCAAGCGGAUUGGAGCAUGUCAGCGAAAUAGAUUCAAGUCCUCCGGUAAGAUGGCCUCUCCAACCCCCUGGACAAAGCUGAUCUCUUGCAAAAGUUUGCAAGCGGUAUCAGUCCCAGGAGUCUCAUAAGACGAGCAGCCGAGACCAUGGUAGGUUUUUAUCGGGUCCACAACCCAACAACACACCCUUCGCCUUCACCGCCACCCUCUUCUGCUGCUCGUCGUGGCCAGGGUCGCGUUCCCUCGUCCGUUGUCGCACCCAGAACGCCAUCUCGAACAU